ACCUUGUACGACCCCUCCUCCUCUCCUCGGCUUCUUUUAUAAAGCGCGCCGCGCGGAGCUCACCGCACCGGUCGCCACCGCUCUCGCCCAGUCCCAGCCGCAGCCCGCAGCCCGCAGCCGCACGCCUCGGUCCUCGAGCUCCUCUGACCUCCCGGCUCCCCCGCCGUCUCGGCCUCCGCUCCAGGAAACCGGCUGUUCCUUCCAGCUCCGGCUCCACCGGCAAGCCAUGAAGCGCCUGCUGAGGCGGCUGUCCCGCACCGUCGCGGCGGCCGAGGACGGCGGCGCCCCGGCCGCGGCGCGCCGCCGGGUCCGGGCGAAGAAGAAGGGCAAGGGGGUGCCGGAGGGCCACGUCCCCGUGUGCGUCGGCGAGGAGGGCGGGCCCGUGGAGCGCUUCGCCGUGCGCGCCGAGCUGCUGGGCGAGCCGGCCUUCGCGGCGCUCCUCCGCGCCGCCGCGCAGGAGUACGGGUACGCCCACCCGGGCGCGCUCCGCAUCCCCUGCACCGCCGCCGAGUUCCGCCACCACCUGCUGCGCCUCUCCGACGGCGACGACCCCGCCGCCGCCGCCAGCUGCUAGCCUUGCUAGGCGAGGCGCACCGCCCGCCGCCCCGCCCCUCCCCUGCCUCCGCCGCCGCGGUAUUGCGGCCUUGCCGUCUCCGUUUUUACCGGUUUACCCCUGCGUAGAAUGUACAGAGGCCGAGGCAGGGCGGAGGGCAGCACGGGGAUUUGGCUCCUGGUACUCUUGGAUUUUUUUACCACUAGCUAGUGCUAUACUACUAGUAGCACUGUAGCAGUAGCUGCUUGAUGGUAGAACUACGGGUGUCAUUUUUUUACCCCUUCUAGUUCUAGACUCGCAGUGUGUCUAGUGUGCUAGGGAUUCCGGGGAAUUCACUUUUAACCAUACAUGUAAUCCUCGAUUGAGGCUAGUCUCAUGCCAUAUUAUUAAGGUAGUAGUUUUUCUCACUACAUUGUAAAGAUCUCUCUCCGUUUUCGACCUCCGACUAGUCGCACGUUCCAUAUGACAAGA